CACACACACACACUCCCAGGGAGCAAAGCGCACGCCUUGUCGCGCUGCAUCACGGAACUUGUAGUUCCAUCCACGCUAUACCCCACUCUUCUCUCACUUUAAGAAACUUCCCUUCCCGGCGGGCGCCACGAGACCCUCUUGCUCUUCUUGACCUCCCUCCCUCCCUCUCUCUUCUACCUCUCAGUCGAAUAGUCUGGCUGCUGGCUUUUCGGGUGCGGAUCGGCGUGCGGAGAGACUCCCCAGAGCCAUGCCGGAGGUAGUGGAUACGUGUUCCUUGGCCUCUCCGGCUUCGGUCUGCCGAACCAAGCACCUGCACCUGCGCUGCAGCGUCGACUUUACCCGCCGGGUGCUGACCGGCACCGCCGCGCUCACCGUGCAGUCUCAGGAGGACAAUCUGCGAAGCCUGAUCUUGGAUACAAAGGACCUCACUAUAGAAAAAGUGGUCAUCAAUGGACAAGAAGUCAAAUAUACUCUUGGAGAAAGACAAAGUUACAAAGGAUCACCAAUGGAAAUCUCUCUUCCUAUUGCUCUGAGCAAAAAUCAAGAAGUCGUUAUAGAAAUUUCUUUUGAGACAUCUCCAAAAUCUUCGGCUCUUCAGUGGCUCACUCCCGAACAAACUUCUGGCAAGGAACACCCAUAUCUCUUUAGCCAGUGCCAGGCCAUCCACUGCAGAGCAAUCCUUCCUUGUCAGGACACUCCUUCUGUGAAAUUAACCUACAGCGCAGAGGUAUCUGUUCCUAAAGAAUUGGUGGCACUUAUGAGUGCUAUUCGUGAUGGAGAAGCACCUGACCCAGAAGACCCCAGCAGGAAAAUAUAUAAAUUCAGCCAAAAAGUUCCCAUCCCCUGCUACUUGAUUGCUUUAGUUGUUGGAGCUUUAGAGAGCAGGCAAAUUGGCCCAAGAACGUUGGUUUGGUCUGAGAAAGAGCAGGUGGAAAAGUCUGCUUACGAAUUUUCUGAGACUGAAUCUAUGCUUAAAAUUGCAGAAGAUCUGGGAGGACCCUACGUGUGGGGGCAGUAUGACCUAUUAGUCCUGCCGCCGUCCUUCCCUUACGGUGGCAUGGAGAAUCCCUGCCUCACGUUCGUGACCCCCACUCUGCUGGCAGGAGACAAGUCACUCUCCAAUGUUAUUGCACACGAAAUAUCUCACAGUUGGACAGGAAAUCUAGUGACCAACAAAACUUGGGACCACUUUUGGUUAAACGAAGGACAUACUGUGUACUUGGAACGCCACAUCUGUGGACGACUGUUUGGUGAAAAGUUCAGACAUUUUCACGCACUGGGAGGAUGGGGAGAACUACAGAAUUCGAUAAAGACUUUCGGAGAUACGCAUCCUUAUACCAAACUUGUGGUCGAUCUGACGAAUGUGGACCCUGACGUGGCAUAUUCUUCGGUGCCCUACGAGAAGGGCUUUGCUUUACUUUUUUACCUUGAACAACUUCUUGGGGGCCCAGAGGUUUUCCUAGGAUUCCUAAAGGCUUAUGUUGAGAAGUUUUCCUACAAGAGCAUAACCACUGAUGACUGGAAGGAUUUCCUGUAUUCCCACUUUAAAGAUAAGGUUGAUCUUCUUAAUCAAGUUGACUGGAAUGCCUGGCUCUACUCUCCUGGAAUGCCUCCUGUCAAACCCAAUUAUGAUAUGACUCUGACAAAUGCUUGCAUUGCCUUAAGUCAACGGUGGAUGACCGCCAAAGAAGAGGAUUUAAGUUCAUUUACCUCAGUAGACCUGAAGGAUCUCUCUUCUCAUCAAUUGAACGAAUUUUUAGCACAGAUGCUCCAGAGAGCACCUCUUCCAUUGGGGCACAUAAAGCGAAUGCAAGAGGUGUACAACUUGAAUGCCAUUAACAAUUCUGAAAUACGAUUCAGAUGGUUACGGCUCUGCAUUCAAUCGAAAUGGGAGGAAGCAAUUCCUUUGGCUCUAAAAAUGGCGACUGAGCAAGGACGAAUGAAGUUCACGCGGCCCCUAUUCAAGGACCUUGCUGCCUUUGACAAAUACCACCAUCAAGCCGUGCGCACCUACCAAGAGCACAAAGCGAGUAUGCACCCUGUGACUGCCAUGCUGGUGGGGAAAGACUUAAAAGUGGAUUAAGGACCUACCAACUGCCGAUUUCAGACAUUUCUCUUUUUUAAACUGAAUUCACAAAGAAAUAUGAAAGUUCAGCUCAUGUUGUAACUAAAAAUGUUGUUUUUAUUCUGGCUUUUUAUUGUUUUGUCAGUGAUUUUCAUAAAUAAAGCUGAGCUACCUUCCCCCCCA